CACCGGUUGAGAUAGAGGAGUCAUCCUAUGUGAUCGUGUUGUUCUUCCAAAAUGUUCAUUUGCCCAGGAUGUAGGAAAUUUCUCAGAAUCACUAGACACGCCAAAGUUUUGUGGAAAGAAGCAUUAUUUCAGCACACCCCAGGAGAUGUAAAUAUAAACAGACAAAUCAACAGGUUCUUUUCUUCUUCUUCUACAACAUUGGCUAAAGCUGGGGAUGAAAUUAACCUUGCUAAAUUUUCUCCAGAAAAUAUACGAAACUUUAGUAUAAUAGCCCAUGUGGAUCAUGGAAAGAGUACAUUGGCAGACAGACUUCUUGAAAUAACAGGUGCUAUACCUAAGAAUGUCAGAAACCAGCAGGUAUUGGACACCCUACAGGUGGAGAAGGAGCGAGGCAUCACUGUCAAGGCUCAGACAGCUUCACUGUUCCACGAAUAUAAAGGACAAACCUACCUCCUAAACCUUAUAGACACUCCAGGCCAUGUAGACUUUAACUAUGAGGUGUCAAGGUCACUUGCUGCCUGCCAGGGUGUUGUACUACUGGUGGAUGCUAACCAGGGAGUUCAAGCACAAACCAUGGCUAAUUUCUUCCUGGCAUUUGAAAGAAAUUUAACUGUGAUACCUUGCCUGAAUAAGAUAGAUCUCUACAAUGCAAAGCCAGAAAUGGUCCUAGAACAGCUCCACAAUGUGUUUGAGACAGACCCCAAUGAUGUACUAAAGAUAUCUGCCAAGGUUGGCACUGGUAUAGAAGAUUUAUUAACAGCCAUUAUAGAAAGGAUUCCCCCUCCUCCGGGAGACAGAGACAAACCCCUGAAAUGUCUGGUAUUUGACUCACAGUAUGAUCAGUACCGAGGAGCUGUGGGGAAUGUUUUAGUGAUGGACGGCAGUGUAAAGAAAGGUGAUAAAAUCAUGUCAUUAUUUUCAAGAAAAUCAUAUGAAGUUCAGGGAACUGGCAUUCUACAUCCUAAUGAGAAACUGGUGAAUGUUUUGUAUGCAGGACAAGUAGGAUUCAUACAUGCAAAUAUAAAGAAGAUCUCUGACUUUCAAGUGGGCGAUACUUUCUGUCACCAGAAGUCACCAGUGGAACCCUUACCUGGAUUCAAACCUGCCGUGCCAAUGGUGUUUGCUGGAAUAUUUCCAUCAGAUCAAUCACAGCUACCAUCACUGAAGGCUGCCAUUACCAAACUAACCCUCAACGACAGUAGUGUGGCUGUCAGUCUAGAAAACAGUGCAGCCAUUGGACAGGGCUGGAGACUUGGUUUCCUUGGUAUGCUUCACAUGGAUGUUUUUUGUCAGAGAUUGGAACAAGAAUUCGGGGCAUCUGUCAUCAUUACAGCCCCUAAUGUACAUUACAGAGUUCGGAUCAAAGGAAAAAAGAACAUAAAAAUUUAUGGAGACGAGAUUGUGGAUGUCCUGAACCCUUGUAAGCUUCCAGAUUUGAGCAUUAUAGAGGAGUUUCAGGAACCAAUGAUAUUAGCGACCAUCAUCAUUCCUGAUCAAUACUUGACCACUGUGCUCUCACUCUGCCUUUCAAGGCGUGGUGAACCACAAGAACAGACCUAUAUAGACCAAAACAGAUUAGUAAUAAGGUGCAUCUUUCCACUCAAUGAGGUGCUUGUAGACUUUUAUGAUGAACUGAAAUCCGUCACAUCUGGCUAUGCAAGUUUUGAUUACGAUGACCAUGGAUACCGAACAUCUGAUCUAGCAAAAGUUGAGUUCCACAUCAAUAAACUCCCUGUUGAAGAGAUGACAAUGAUCUGUCAUAUGAGUAGCUCUAAACGGCGUGGCAAGGAGAUAUGUGCCCGUCUUAAGGAAGUUAUUCCUCGCCAAUUGACUUACGUCACAAUUCAGGCAGUUGUACAUGGCAAUAUUGUUGCACGAGAGGAUAUCAAACCCAUCAAGAAAGAUGUCUUGGCUAAAUGUUAUGGCGGUGAUGUUACCAGAAAAAAUAAGCUACUCAACAAGCAGGCAGAUUAUCUUAAGAAACUUAAACAGGUUGGAACAGUAAAAAUACCAAAGGAUACAUUCAUCAAAGUGUUGAAGAAAAAGUAGCAUUUUGGAGAUUAAUGUGAUCGCAGUUGAGGAAAUAGUGAAAGAAUAAGUGUGAUAUUGUUCCGUCAUCAGAGAAAUACAUCGUGUAUCAAACAAGGACUGCUGUUUUGUUAUCAAUUCACUAAGAGUUGAUAUUGUAAUGUCAAAAACAUGAAAUGUACAAUUACAUAAAUUAUUUAUUUAUGAUAAAAUCAAGUUGUUUUUUUCA